AUGGCCUGGAACAAUGUUCUCGAUUGCACCCUCAAUGAUGGCCUGUAUUGCCAUUUUACUUGGUCUCUAAGAGAAGAAGGUGACUUUGUUCUUUGUGAUUUACUGAAUCGUCUGGAGGAACAGAUUCAGCUGGAAUGUAAAGAGGCGAGAGUAACACGAGCUUACAACAGUCUUGGAUUCGUUCAGUAUCUCUAUGGCAACCAGCAGGAAGCACUUGCAAAUCUGCAGAAAUCAGUGGAGCUUGCAAAAGAACACUACAAAGACAGUGAUGAAGUUCUUAUUGUUACCUAUGGAGACCUCGCCUGGUUGCACUAUCAUAUAAAUGAGUUAUCUAAAUGUGAAGAGUACUUGAGAGAGUUAGAGAGGAUCUGCAGAAAAUUUUCUGGGGGAUUCACUUAUACUGUGGAGGUUCUCAGAGAAAAGGGUUGGACUUUUCUUAAAUUCUCUAACAAAUACUCACAUGCUGCAAAGGAAUGCUUUAGACAGGCCCUUGAAAUUAACCUGGAUGACAGUGAUUUAAAUGCAGGCUAUGCUAUUGCACUGUACCGCACAACAAAAGACACUCCUGACUCUUCAGACUCACCAACAAUAAAACAGCUUGAAAGAGCUAUAGAACUUAAUCCAGAUGAUGCUGUUCUACUACUGUUGUUAGCCUUAAGAAUGCCGAAUAACAGAGAUGAUAAGACAUUCGAACCUGCACUGAAGAAGGUGAUUGUGGCACUGAGGAUAUCUCCUGAAAACCCACACGUCAUAAGAUACACAGCAAAAUUUUUCCGCCAAUUAGGAAACAUGGACAUUGCCAUUAAUCUACUAGAAGAUGCCUUGCAGGCUACCCCAAACUCUGCCUUUAUACACCAUCAAUUGGCUAUGUGUUACAAAAAGAAAAAACAUACCUGGAAAAGAAACAUAGGAUGCAUGGCAAAGCAAAGUUUAAUGUUAAAGGGUCAGAUGAAAUACAGCAAUACCUGGAUCAGUGCAUCUAUCAUCUGGAUAGGGCAAUUUCCCUAA